GAGUUUGUGUAUCCACUAGAGCCACUGAGCCCUGGACAGAGGUUGGUUUUACAGGAGUUCCUGGAAUCAGGCUUUGCUGCCCCAUCUCAGGACUAUCAUGACCAGGGAGCUUGUAGCACGGGAACAAUGAAAGGGGAAUACUGUCACGUUCUACUUGCUGUUGACGUUGGAUAUUUGAUGGACAUUACUUUCACUAUGGAAAUAGGCUUUCGGUGCUUGAAUGAUCUGCUUUGAGGUCUACAGUGGAAGUUGUUGAGGCACACUCCACACCCUGGCCGCUUAUGAAAGGUGUGGGGAUUACUUUACCACAAUGAGCAUAUUGCAAAUCUCUGCCACUCAACAUUGAUAUACCAUGGAGAAGAGAUGAUCCUGUCUAUCUGCAGAUAAACAAAUAUAAUCAAAGAUCAUGGGGAAUUCGUACGCAGGGCAGCUGAAGUCUGCCCGCUUCGAAGAAGCUCUGCAUAACUCUAUAGAGGCCUCACUGAGAUCGAGCAGCGGCGACCCACAGCCCGUAUUCACCCAGCUAUAUCUCGAGCCAGAUCAGUAUCCUAGCAACCUGGAAGAUAUUAAACCCAAAAUGGACCUGAGCCUCAGGUCUGACCCUUCCAGCCAUGUGCUGGUGAACUGCCAGUCCUCUAAUUGCAUUGAUGAGAUGGAUGACGAGGAUGAUUCGGACACCAGCAGUCCACCCCUGCCUUUCCUACAGGGGCCGGCUCCUGAUGGCUGCUGCACUAUUGAUGGAUUUUGUCAAGCAGGAAAGGAUCUUCGCCUGGUUUCCAUGGCAACAGAAUCCAUCGAGGUUCCCGUAGGGUUCGAGCUGGUCGGUGCCAAAUCGCCCAGCAUCCCAGAGCACAUCCUUGUCUGUGCAGUCGACAAGCGCUUCCUGCCAGAUGAGAAUGGGAAAAAUGCACUUUUAGGAUUUUCAGGUAACUGUGUGGGCUGUGGUGAAAAAGGGUUUCGAUAUUUCACCGAGUUCUCCAACCAUAUCAACCUGAAGUUAUCCACUCAGCCGAAGAAGCAGAAGCACUUAAAGUACUACCUGGUGAAAAACACUCAGGGUGCUCUGUGCAAGGGAGCUCUCAUCUGCUGGAAAGAAUGUAAGACAAGGCCGUUCUCAAGCAGUGCUUCUUCAUCCAAACCAAGUUCCUCAUCCUCACUAAGCAGCAAAGAAAAUGGGGACACAAAUGGCCAUAGCCCUUCUCCAUUCCCUCUCUCAGACUCUCCUCCAGCUCGCAUUCCAUCCAGUUCAUCCUCAGGGAUUUUUGGAACACCAGAUCUGGGCUUCCUCAAACCACUGAACACACCGACCCACGGGACCAAAACUUUACCGAUUGUUCCCACAGCCCUGCGAGUUAACGGUUUGACUAACGGUUUAAGUUUGGACGGACGGUCCAGUCUACUGAGCCCCCCUCAUACAAACCCACUUGGCACACCUAGUCAUGGUUAUCGGACCACAGAACCAGGGGACAGCCCAGCAUCCUCUGCUAUGACAUCAGGUCCACCCAAAAAGCGUCACCGCAGCUGGCACCCCACCACUCUAGUGCCCGUCCCAGCCACGGCUGUCCCUGUGCCAGCCAUUCGGCCGCUAACGUUACCCUCAGGUUCUUUGUUGGCCCUGUCCAGUCAACAGCCUCCGACAGUGUCAGGGGUCAUACAGCCCCAGCCAAUCACAGCAGGAGAAACUGUCAUCAUCCCUGACAACCUUCUGAACACCUCUGGGGUCCGGCCAGUUCUUCUUAUUGGUCAAGGCACUUUACCGUACUUCUUUGGCAAUGUGGGCGAUCUGGUCGUGAGCCCCCUGCUGGUGAGCUGCUAUAAGGGCAGGGAGCUGAAUGAGAAGACACUCGCCAGUCUGGGCAUGUCAGCCAGCCAGUUACUCACAACUGAGACUAUGAUACUUCUUACACUGCAGUACCUUGCUCGAUUGGGUACAGAACAGAUCCCACUUCGGGAGGAAUUCGAGCAGAUUGUUUUGAAGGCCAUGCUGUGUGGGCCGAUAGGGCCGCCCGUGUCUCCCGCACAGCUGCCCUGGUUGGCUCGAAUGGAGGCCAGUGUUUCGGGGGGCAGCGUUCAGGUGCUGGUUACCCACGGCUCUCUCGGGGAGGGCAUCUCCGAGUCCCUGCGCUCGCUGAGUGAAACUCCACCACAGCAACAACAGUGUCUGCCCAACUACGUACUCAUUAUCUGCACCUCCAAAAGCGGAGCUAAUGAGUUCUGUGUGCUAGUGCUGGGUAAAUAUCAAUCCCGAGCCCUGGCUGAAAGCAUGCUUACCACCAAUGAGUUUCUGAAGGAGAUCAGUUAUGAGCUCAUCACAGGGAAAGUCAGUGUUCUCGCCUCUCACUUCCAAAGCACCUCAUUAGGUGACAACUUGGACAAACAGCUUGUCCGGUAUCAGCGUAAACGCAAAGACCGGGUGGUUCAGCCUUUUCAGGGACAUCUCACUGAGUACAUCCACUCCCAAGAAGCUGCUGCUAUGAUACCAGAAUCAGGUCCAGAUGUACUCAGCGAUAGCUUUCAGAUAUACCCUCCACAGCUGAGCGUGGCACGCAGCCUUCUGUCACAGGUGUGCGCUAUUGCCGAUUCGGGCAGCCAGAGCUUGGAUCUGGGCCGCUUUUGCAAAGUAGACUUUCUGAUCUUGGUCCCACCUUCCCAUGUCCUGGUGCACCAAACAGUCCAGCGCAUACGACAAUCAGGUGUCUUGAUAGAUCUCGGUAUAGAGGACGCGCCAUUAGCCCAACAGAAAUCUGACAAAUACGUUGUGCGUCUGGAUGCGGAGGUUCACUCAAAAAUGGAGGCCUUUAUGAGGAAAGUCAAGCAGAACCCUUACACACUCUUCGUCCUUAUUCACGACAACUCGCACGUCGACCUGACCAGUGCCCUGUCAGGGUCGGUCUGUCACGGGGAACUGCAGGGAUUGGCAGACCGGGUGGUGAACUGUCCGGAGGUCCUGGAAGCAAUAAACCUGCUGGUCCUGCAGGUCAGCUGUUUUCCCUUCACCCUGCAGAGCCGGCAGUCGCGCAUCAGUACCCAGAACGAGGUGCACUGGCCCGACACUCAGACCCUGCAGGGUGAGGCGUCUCCUAAAGAUCUGGUCUACUUUGGGUUGAAGGAUUACAGUCAGUCACUGCAGUGGGGGGUUGCCAGUCCAAUUCUCCGAUGUGAUGACGCCUUUGAGCGGAUGGUCAAAACCCUUCUGGAGAGGCACCCACACCUACACAGUAUGGUGAUCCGCAGCUACCUGCUCAUCCAGCAGUACACCGAGGCUCUGAUGGCCCUCACGGCAGCCCCCUCACUGCGGGACCACGUGACCCCUCAGACCCUCGCCAUGGUGGAAGAUCUGCUGAGCGUGCCCGGUCGCAGCAGGCACGGGUGCGGCCACAUGCUGCUGGUGCGCGUACCCUCGCUGCAGCUGGCGCGUCUGGCACAGGAGCGGCUCGAGGAGGCCCGGGACAAGCUGGGACUGCAGUACCGAUUUGCUGUGCUGCUGGGCAGCCCCGCUGCUGAAAUCAGCCUGCCUGUCCACUUCUGUGCCCGCCUGCGGGCUUGGCGGGGCUGUAAAAAUGAAGAGUGGGUCCCACACACAUAUGAAGAUCUGGAAGGACUUCCGUGCAUUGUCAUCCUCACUGGAAAAGAUCCUUUAGGAGAGAGCUUUCCAAGGUCUUUGAAGUACUGUGACCUGAGGUUGAUUGACUCCAGCUACCUGACCCGUACGGCACUGGAGCAGGAGGUGGGUCUGGCCUGCUCAUACAUCACACGCAGUGUGAUACCCGAGACCAAAACUAUGGGAGGUAGGGAGGAGAGACAGAGAGAGCAUGAGAGGAGCUCAGGAGAAAUACCAGAACAUGAUGAACUUCAGAUGGAGCUGGAGAGACCACCGAGUAAUGCCAGUGCUGCUACCAGAACCUCUGGCUCCACUACUGAAAAUGGCGUCAGUUCCUCAAGUGUGCUCGACAAACCCUCCUCCCACAGUGACCCGACCAAUAGCAGCAGAGGGUUACUGGACUCGUGCACUUCUCCCACUCGCUUUAAGCAGGAGUGUGACUCUCAAGCGGCCGGCUCUUCCGCCACGCCCUCUUUCUCAUCCGCUUCCUCAUCCUCUUCUUCUUCCUCCUCUCCGGCGGCUCAAAGACCGAGUCAGUCCACCCAAGCACCGCGUGAAGGGAGCAAGACACAUGUCUUUCCCAGAACGGCUGUGCUCUCCCGUGCGGCCUAUGCCCUGCUGGCUCCUGAAGCAUUGGGUCAGCCCAGUUCGGCGUCUCUGUUACCCCAUGCUGACGUGGCUUGGAGCAGCCCUCUCAGACCGCCUGUUCCUCACGGCCUAGGCGGAGCAGAGCAGUCCCUAUAUUAUCGGCAGUGGACCACAGCUAGGCAGCACCAUGCAGACUAUGAAGGGCCUGCCGUGCUGCAUCCCAGACGACUGCUGCUGAGCGGACCACCACAGGUGGGAAAAACUGGCGCGUAUCUGCAGUUUCUGCGGAUUUUGUUUCGCAUGCUGAUCCGUCUGCUGGAGGUGGAUGUGUAUGAUGAAGAAGAGCUGGAUGAGGAUGUGCCUGAUACCUCAAAAGAUCCUCCUGCCAGUGGACCGCAGUGGCCCGAUGUUGAGGACAUCCGUAAAAUGCGAUUCGACCUUUAUCCUCGUGACUAUAAGUUCAGUCAUGCUAGCCCUGUGUAUACAGAGAGGACACCAAAGACACUGAAUGGAGUGAAAAUAGAGAGGUUAGAGACAGAAGAGGAGACACCAAAGAGAAACACAGUGUCGGUCAGGCUUAGCAUGUUUGCGGCCCAUAAUGCAUUUCAUCACUGUGAGCAGUGUCAUCAUUACAGUGAGCCGCCUCCUGCUACUCAGCUGUCUGAAUGUACCUUCCAUGCCUUCACGUUCUGCUCAUCCAUGCUGGGAGAGGAAGUCCAGCUGCACUUUAUCAUCCCCAAAACCAAAGAGCAUCAUUUUGUCUUCAGUCAGCAGGGCAGUCACCUGGAGAGUAUGCGACUCCCAUUGCUCUCUGAUAAGGAGUCUGGCAUGUUGAAAAGUCCCAUCUUCACCCCCACCACGGGUCGUCAAGAGCACGGUCUUCUCAACAUCUACCACGCCAUGGAGGGAGCCGGGCAUCUGCACAUCCUGGUAGUUAAGCAGUAUGAAAUGCCUCUCUACAGGAAAUACUGGCCCAACCACAUCCUUCUGGUGCUGCCUGCUAUGUUCAACAACUCGGGUGUUGGGGCGGCUCGCUUCAUGAUCAAGGAGCUGUCCUAUCACAACCUGGAGCUGGAGAGGAACCGGCAGGAGGAGCAGGGUGUCAAACGCCAGGACGUCUGGCCCUUUAUCAUCAUGAUGGAUGAUUCAUGCGUCCUAUGGAACGCCCAUCAACCUGGACCUGAAGGCAUGAGUGAGAUGAUGAAUGUGUCACUGAAGAGCGUCUUACAGCAUUUGGAGGCCACUCCAAAGAUCUCGCUGUAUGCCAUGUGCGGCCUGCAGAAGUGGAGCAGUAGUUUGGUUUCUCGACCUCACGGGACGUCUUUCUCUCGUUGUCACCUCCAUGACCUCAUCAUGCUGAAUGUUGACCUCACCCAGAAUGUUCAGUAUGACCUAAACCGGUUCACGUGUGAAGAGGUGGACUUUAACCUGAGGGCAAACAGCAGUGGUCUUCUGUUGUGUCGUUUCAAUCACUUCAGCAUCAUGAAGAAACACAUCCCCAUAGGAGGACAUAGAAACUUCCAUAUCAAGCCCAAACUUAUGAGGAUUGAGACCCCUGUGCACGUAAGUGCAUCUCAGUACGUCUGUGCUCCGGACAGUGAACAGACGCUACUGUCUGCUCCUGCUCAACUCCUGCUGGAGAAGUUUUUGCAGAACUGCAGCCAUCGUCUCUUUCCUCUGGCUCUCUGUAACAGCUCAAACCCAGUGUUGUCUAUCGACAGCUAUCUCAGUCUCGGCCCAGAGAUUCAGGUAUGUUACGUCAGCUCUCGGCCUCACUCGGUGAAUGUGGAUCAUCAGGGACUUGUCUUCAGCGGGUUAUUGCUUUACUUGUGUGACUCCUUUGUAGUUUCAAACCUCCUAAAAAAGUUCAACUUUCUGAAAGGCGCCACAUUGUGCGUCAUCUGUCAGGACCGGAGCUCUUUGCGUCAGACAAUUGUUCGUUUGGAGCUAGAGGACGAAUGGCAGUUUCGACUGCGAGAUGAAUUUCAGACGGCCAACUGCAGUGAGGAUCGGCCACUUUACUUUCUUACUGGACGCCACAUUUAGUCAUCUACAUCCGAAUUCACAUCUCCAUUUCCCUCGACUGUCAUUUAAUUGAAGAAACAAUGUUUUCCUGACAUCAAGAUUAGGAUGCGAGAAUUUACUGGGACUGAGCUUUUCGCCACUCGCAACAUGGCCUCGCCACUCGGCUCUACCUCGGAUGUUGGACACAUGCCUUGUGUGUUCGCCUUUUUUACAUUUUUGGAAAAUCUUUGAUGACUUUGUUGGAGAUUUACGCAAGGACGACUUCUGAAUGAUUGUAAAUGUUCCUAUAUGUUCUUACGGACAUAUAUAUAAUCUCAGGGUUUUUUGUCGUAAGACAAAAAAGGACUAUUGCUAUUCCUUCUCUAUCGCCUACUUUAUGUAUAAUUGUUUUUCUCUUUGCCCUCCACCAAAGACUUUAAAUUCAAGGGCGAAGAUCUUCUGUAUUCUUUUAUCUUGCCAAAGAUAUCAACCGACGUAAUCAAAAAUACUCAUUACGUUCUCUUGAGAGUCGUCAGCUCGUCCGUUUCAAAGUUCGAUUGCUGAUUACUACAUCCUCACAUGAAACAAGAGUCAUUUUAUGACCUUCUCAUUCCCAGACGUGUGCUUAUGUUGAUUGUAAUGCUCAUUGGUACUACUGAUGGCCUAAAAACCUCUCUGGUUUGAUUUGAAUCUGAUUGCUGGUCUCCCAGCUUGAAAAGCCCAUCAAAACCACUGUAAAAUACCAAACCAGACCACUGGUACACUGGUUUAAGCUGUUUCUAACAGCAGGGAUGUGGCUGAUGGUUUUAUUUACAGUGUUUUUACCCAUUUAUUCAACAUCUACUCAUCAUUAUAUUUUGCUAAAACAUUCCUUAUUUUGAAGUAGCUGGGAAUGUUUGGAGUUGCACACCAUAAAUGCCUUAAGUUGUAUGACCCUGAUGACAUCACAAUCCCAGACUCCACUCCAUCAGUGUUAGAUGAAAGCCAAAUGCUCGAUUUAUCAGACUUUCAAAGAAACUAUAAAUGUUUGGGGUUGGUUUAUGAAAGGGAAUAUCUUUAGGUGUUAAGAACUUUAUGGAUGUUUAAAGAAAAGCUUUGUUUACAUUUUAAGAAAUCCUGAUAUUAAUAUAUUUCACAGAUAUUUUUGUCACUUUGGAUUCUGGCUAGUUUUACAGAAAAGUCACUUUGAGCCAUACGUGUCACGGAUAACCUGUGUCCUUUUCUUUAUUCCACGGCACAAAGAAUCUACCUAAGAUUUUGGAUUUUAAGGACGCUUUAGUUUCAGGUGAUUUAUUUAAAGUGAGAAAAAAAAUGCAUCCCUUUUUUGAGGGAGUUUUCUUAUUUAUUGAAGAUUAGCUUCACGGGCCGAUAAUCAUUUAAACAAUCUUGAAUGCUUAGCUAGGUGAGUCUUUAAAAGCUUUGCACACGACCAUUAAAUCUAUAGAUGUUGUAUUACAAAUGUAGUAAUGCAAAUACAAAAAAAUCUUAACAGCUAUGUGGUUUAUAUAUGGCAGUAUUGUUUUAAAUAAAAUGCGGUCCUAUAUUGAUAUUGAUUGUAAUGAAGAAAGCCAAAUGCCCACUUGACAACCUUAAGAAUGUGUCUCAUUUGUAGAUAAAUUAUGCAAUUUGCUUCUCACAAUCUUUGCCUCUUUUCUGUCAGCUGUGAAUAGUCUCGAUGUAUGUAGCACCGAAGCAUUUGAAAACGUCUACCUCAUGAUCUACUGGCUUUGGUUUAGUAAACAUGAAAACAUGUUCUUCUUGUUAUGGAGAUAAAUGAAUGUAAUAAAAAGUGUUAUCAACAACUGAA